AUGUCUGAACAUGUACUUGGACCUUUUCCUACACCUGCAACCUAUCACCCAAUGGUUCAGGGGCUGAUGAACAUGAUUAAACGCAAUAAAUGGGAGAGCAAAUUUGAGAAGGCGGUCUCUGACGCUUAUAAUUCAGGCGUCGAAGAAAUGACUAAUAUAAAAACUUUACCCGACUACUACAAUUAUCUUCAUUACUUUUUGUUUUGGGUGCCCGUAGAGAAUAAAAAUGGAACUCUCGCUCACAAAAUGAUAAGCAUUAUGUACUAUGUUCUCGAUCAGAAAUCUGUCAGAUCGCUUCAGUCACCCAUUAAGCCUUCUUCGUAUCCACCACCGCCACUGACGGA